UUUCCCUCCUUUAGCUCCCACGGACUUCUUGCCUCUCGAAUUUUUGAAACCCUAAUCGCUCGAUUUCUCCGGCGAAGUGAGAUCGCCGGUAACUUUCUGUUUCCGCUUCUCGUUACUCACAUUCGGUGGAAAAUGUCGAUGUCGAAGAGCUCCAAGAUGCUUCAGUUCAUCAACUACCGGAUGCGGGUGACGAUCCAGGACGGUCGGCAACUGGUCGGAAAGUUCAUGGCGUUUGACCGCCACAUGAACCUUGUAAUCGGCGAUUGCGAGGAGUUCCGGAAGCUUCCUCCUGGGAAAGGCAAGAAGAUCAACGAGGAGAGAGAGGAACGCCGAACACUCGGUCUGGUGUUGCUCAGAGGUGAAGAGGUUAUCUCAAUGACUGUAGAGGGGCCGCCUCCGCCCGAAGAGUCUCGUGCGAAGUCAGGUUUGGCGGCGGCGGCUGCUGGUCCCGGAAUCGGCCGUGCUGCCGGUCGUGGAGUACCCACCGCUCCGCUUGUUCAGGCUCAGCCUGGACUUGCUGGUCCUGUUCGUGGAAUUGGUGGACCAGCUCCGGGGAUGAUGCAGCCCCAGAUUUCCCGUCCGCCGCAGUUUUCAGCUCCGCCGGUGAUUCGGCCUCCGGGACAGAUGCCUCCUCCUCCUCCAGCUUUUGCUGGUCAAGGCCCUCCACCUAUGGCGCGAGGUCCUCCGCCGCAAGGUCCUCCUCCGCCAUACGGUAUGAGGCCGCCUCCGCAGCAGUUCCCCGUGCCACCGCCUCAAUAUGGGCAAAGACCCAUGAUUCCUCCCCCGGGUCCGAUGAUGAGAGGACCUCCGGGUCCGCCCCCGCCCCGUCCCGGAAUGCCUCCGCCGCCUGGUGGUGUUCCCGUAUUUGCUCCACCGCGUCCUGGCAUGCCUCCGCCGAAUCCCCAUAAUCAGCAGCAGUGAUAGUCUGAUUUUCAAAGUAACAAACUGGUUUGGUGUGGUUACUGCAGCGUAACAAUGCUUUGUUUUGACUUGUGGUUAUUGGAGCCACCAGAUCCACAAACCCCGGAGAAUUAGGUACUGAUAUUUGAGUGCAUUACUACAAAAAUGUUGUGGAAGAUCCGAUAGUAAACCUUGUUAAUUUUUACAUGUCUUCAAAUCUGUACUCGGUACUCAGAUCUAUUAUGAUAAGAUUGUAGUCUUCUGAACUUCUGGAGAUUGAA